AUCUCUUGUUGGUGUCUCUGCUGUUCCUGAGUCAAUGUAGCUUAUUGCUGUCUUGGAACACCCACAGUGCAAAACGGAAUAUUUUUAGCUGAUAAUCUGACCAAGUGGAGCGCAUCUUUGGUCAUCACAACAACAAACCUAUGAAGGUGCUGAGUGGUCACGACGUGUGUAAAUCGUUGACCACAAACAGCAUGGACGUAAUCAGCAUGCAAGCCCCAGUUCAUGCGGGACUUUACCUAAGUCAGCAGACUAAUACCAGUCUGCCCAACACCUCCCACACUGAAAACAUGAACAUCAAUCAAAGGCGCUGGAAAAGCAUUUUUCGACGCGUACAGAAAAAACAAAUUAAUUCCGGUCAUGUCAGCGUACUUCCAAAACAUCCACUCUUUGGACAGGCCCUCUCUGAUGUCUGUGGAAAAGAUGGAUGUCCUCCCAAGCCAAUUAUGGAUGUCCUUACAUUGCUGCUGAAGAAGGGUCUGUACACUGAAGGAGUGUUUAGGAAAGCAGGCAAUGCCAGAACUCUGAGAGAAAUCAAGGCACAGCUAAAUGAUGGGAUGGAAGUUGAUCUGGAAGAGCACACAGUCUUUCUACUUGCUGAUCUUCUCAAGGACUUUCUGAGACAUAUUCCAGGUAGUUUGCUAAUGGUGGAGCACUACAAAUCCUGGAUGGCUGCAAUGGAAACGCAAGACGUAGAUCAGAAAUGUGCAGAAGUUCAAAUGGUGGUCAACGUGCUUCCUGACCCAAAUAUUCAGUUGUUGAAGCUCCUGAUGGUUCUACUGUACCACAUAAGUGAGAACGCCGAUACAAACAAGAUGGAUUCUAACAAUCUAGCUGUGUGCAUUUCACCCAACCUGCUCCAAACAGAAGUGGAAAAGAUUCCACAGGUGACAAUCUUGACACAGUUCCUCAUUGACAACUGUUGUAAAAUUUUUGGAGAGGAUGCGCUGAACCUGUUUGGGGACUCUGAUGAAGAUGAACUCAGUGACAACCAAGAUUCUUUUUCUUCAAACCAUCAUGACUCCGCCUACGACAGUUAUGACCCUGAUGUAGAUGGCUACAAAGGGAGUAAUUCUGACAUGGAGUCUAUCAAAUCUGUUGUUGAAGAGAAACCUCAGUCUCCCACUCCAGUAGAGCCGUGGACUACAAAACUUUUAACCCGCAGACGUUCCGAGCCAACAUUUGCUUUCAGCCAGGGUGUGCCGAAACAGCUUGCCCUUACCAGGAGUCAGACACAAAUGGACUUUCAUGACAAACUAUUAACAAAGCAGAUCUCUGAUGACUGCAUUCUGUUAAGAGCAAGUAACAGUUUGGGAAACAGCUCUGGUUUGGCGCCUAAACGCGGAGCCAGACCAACCUCCAAAGACUGCUCGUACUGUUCUUCAAGUUCUCUAGAAAGUUGCUUUUCCAGCGCCUCCGAAAGCUCGAUCCACAACAGCCCACCUAUCGCAUCCUUGUCCAAUCAGAGAAGGCUCCUUCAACGCAAACACUCCUUACCCACCCGCAUGUCCAUGCCCGCACAGAAUCGCUCUGAAACCCCCAAAAGACGCUCGCAGUCAAUGAAGACUGCACACCUGCGAAGCAGGACUGUUUUCGGGCGAAGUGGUUCUACCAAGCGGGCCAUCGAGAGAACCUUACGUCAUAGCCAGACUCUACCUGAAGUACUGAAACCUCAAACAGAGCCAUCUGCCUCAUUUUGUGAGCCGAGGCGCUUGUCUAGCGAGGAGGUUUUCCAGCAGGUGGACAGCAGAAUACCAAGUGAUCCUCCAUGUUAUGAGCAGGCGGUUCAGGAGAAUUCUCAUGCUGUUCUCUCAAACCGGGGCUCACUGACUGUUCAGGAUGCCAGAUGUCUGCAAACACACAGCCGUUCCACAUCUCCGAGUAAAGAGACGUUGGAGUCAUCUUCUAGUAAUGAAGAUUACGAUAUUGACAACAGAGAUGAUAAAGACACAUGUUGUGAAAGUAUGAGUGAAGGAUCUUCAGAGUCGAGACAGAGGUCCGCUUCUGAAACUAUGUGUGAAGCAUCUGUACCAGUGUGGUGUGAUCAGGAACAUGUCAGAGAGACAUAUGUAUGAAUGACGGUUUAUUCUUGUUAUUGUCUUGUUAUUCCAUUUUGUGUCAUUUUGACAAAAUGUUGUAUGGUGCAGUAAAGUGUUUGCAAUUUUGUAAUAGCGCUUUCUUUGCAUAUGAGGAAUUAGCUUAUUACAGAUAUAAGCACAUUGUUAGAAUGCUGAAUUCUUUGUGGUAAAUAUUUUUACACCAUUUUGUUUUUUACUUCCCCAGCAACAAAAUGUAAUGAAAAGGCACUUUGAGGAAAUGUCACUACACUUUUUGUGCAAUUUGUGCGAACUAAUGUAAUUACACAAAAACAAUGUUUUCAUGCAAUAUGUCUUAUGAAAUAAACCUUUUGUA